UUUUACACUUAAUCAAAUAAUGGAAAAGCUAAUAUUCAUUGGUGUUUUAGUGCUUAUGGGAUUCUUGACCUCAGAACUAAGAGUAACAUCAGCAGAUUGGCAGCGAGCUCAUGCAACUUCCUAUGAUGGACCUAAGGGGGGUGCAUGUGGGUACGGAGAUCAAUUAAUAGAUGAUUAUGGAAAUAACACAGCUGCUUUGAGUAUGGCUUUGUUUAAUGAUGGGAAAUCAUGUGGUGGUUGCUAUCAGAUUGUUUGUGAUGCAACUCAAGUUCCUCAAUGGUGCCACAAGAGAACUUCCGUAACAAUUACUGUCACUAAUUUUUGUCCCCCAGAACCUAGCAAACCUAAUGACAAUGGUGGUUGGUGUAAUCCUCCUAGACCACAUUUUGACUUGUCUCGACCCGCUUUCGAGUCGAUCGCAAUUUAUAGGGCUGGGAUUGUUCCAAUCUUAUACCGAAAAGUUGGGUGCCAAAGAAAUGGAGGGAUAAAAUUUACAAUGAAUGGGAAUGAUUAUUUUGAACUAGUGGUUAUAAGCAAUGUAGGGGGAGCAGGGGAUAUAUCCAAUGUUUGGAUCAAAGGGUCAAAAAUGGAAAAUUGGGAAUCCAUGUCAAAGAAUUGGGGUGCUAACUGGCAAAGCUCAAGGUAUCUAAAUGGUCAGAGUCUUUCCUUCAGAAUUCAACUGAGUGAUGGAAAAAGUGUUACAGCUAAAGAUGCGGUACCCUCUAAUUGGAGAUUUGGUCAAACUUUCAGCAGCAAUGUCCAGUUCUGAUAGAAAGAAUACUCAUAAAUAAAUGUCAUUUAUUCUACAUGACUCUUCAUUACAUCCUUUAAUAAAUUAUAUAUGAUAUUUGAACACAUUUCAGAUGCAUCAAAUACUGGACACAGCAGUUUAGUGUUCCAAAAUAACAUGGUGUCUCUCGAUAGUGUUGUGUAUAUGACUUUUGUUACAAAUUGCUCUUCUAUAUAUAAUUUAUACGGUGUUGUGUUGUGUGUGGUUGUUGCAAAA